CCCGGCUCCCGGCGCCCGCAGAGCCACCCGGGCACCAACGUGACGGUGGUCGACCUGUUCGACCGGGGGCAGUCGCUGCGGCCGCUGUGGCUGCAGGUGGAGGGCUUCCGCCGCGCCGUGGCGCCCAUCAUGGCCAACGCGGCCAGCGGCGUCCACCUGCUCUGCUACAGCCAGGGGAGGGGGGUUGUUUUGGGGGCGCGUUUUGGGGCGAAUUCCGGCGUUUUUGGGGCAGACCCGCACCACCGCGAGCUCUACCUGAACAGCAGCGACUUCCUGGCCGUGCUCAACGACGAGCGCCUGAACCCCAACGCCAGCGGUGAGCGCCCCUAUGGGGAGCCCUGGGGCGCCUAUGGGGGCCCUAUAGCGCCUAUGGGGAGCCCUGGGGCGCCUAUAGGGGCCCUAUGCCUCUUCGCCUUCUACGACGCCAACGAGACGGUGCGGGAGAUGCGGGAGCAGGCGGUGUACGUGCGGGACACGUUCGGGCUGCGCACCCUGGACGCCCGCGGCGCCAUCGGCGGCUGCUCCGUCCCCGGCGUCGCCCACACGCGCUGGCACUCGGACCGCGCCGUCUACCAGGCCUGCAUCCGCCCCUGGCUCACGUAGAGCGUACAGGGACCCAUAGGGACCCAUAGGCACCUAUAGG